AUGGAGCCAAAUGCGGUCCCUAGUGCUGCGCCGUCUGCGGGCGACCUGAUUCUGCAGCAGAGAACAGAAGCGCUCCAGUCGGCGCAGAAAGGCGACGGAAGUCUCUUCUCGCAGCUAACGAGCAAUCCCUUGUUUACAGCGGGUUUUGGUCUUGCAGGCCUCGGGGCAGGAUUGACUUUAGCACAGAAAGGCGUUCGACAUGGCGCUGCUCUUCUCCGCCGGCGGAUGCUGGUGGACGUCGAGAUCAGCAUCAAAGAUGACUCCUAUCCGUGGUUUCUACACUGGAUGACUCUCUACCAGCAAUCACAACUCAAUGCAGGCAAAGCCGCCGCAAACACUACUUAUAUGGACCGAUUCCUCCAAAAGCUCACACCCGGCAUGCGCCACCUCUCCAUCCAAACGCAGAAGAUCGAACAUUCGAACGGAGCAAUUCACACACACUUUUCGCUGAUUCCAGGGCCUGGAAAACACGUUCUACGAUACAAAAAUGCGUUUGUAUUUGUCAAUCGUAUGCGCGAGUCGAAAUCCCGCGACAUUCAGACCGGAAAGCCAUGGGAGACAAUCACCCUCACCACCCUAUAUUCCCAACGCCACAUCUUCGAGGACCUCUUCACCGAAGCUCAUGCGUACGCCGCAAAGGGCCACGAAGGCAAGACGACAAUCUAUAACAGCUGGGGUACCGAGUGGAAACCAUUUGGAAAUCCUCGCCGGAAGCGUCCGUUGGAGUCGGUCGUUCUCCACGAGGGAGUCAAGGAACGGGUAGUGGCAGAUGUGGAAGACUUCAUUUCAAGUUCCUCAUGGUAUCACGAUCGUGGAAUUCCAUACCGACGAGGAUAUCUCUUAUACGGUCCUCCCGGUACCGGCAAGAGCUCUUUUAUCCAGGCACUUGCGGGCGAGUUGAAUUACGAUAUUGCCAUUUUGAACCUGAGCGAGCGUGGCUUGACCGAUGACCGGUUGAAUCAUCUUCUCACCAUUGUUCCUAACCGCACGCUGGUUCUGUUGGAAGAUGUGGAUGCCGCGUUCUCGAACCGACGCGAGCAAAGCGAUGCAGACGGCUACCGCGGGGCCAAUGUAACUUUCUCGGGACUGCUCAAUGCACUGGACGGAGUCGCUAGUGCAGAGGAGCGCAUCAUCUUCCUCACCACCAACCACGUCGAACGACUCGAUGAGGCGUUGGUCCGUCCUGGGCGUGUGGAUAUGACUGUCCGUUUGGGCGAAGUGACUCGCUACCAGGUUGGCUGCCUGUGGGAUCGAUUCUAUGAAGAUAUCGACACCGACGGCGUUUAUCGCAAACUUUUCUUGGAUCGACUCCAGGAGCUUGGUUUGAUUGAAGAUGAAUCAGGCAACAAGCCUGAUCGGUCUAUCACCACCAGUGCAGCUGCUCUCCAAGGCUUAUUCUUGUAUAACAAGGGAAACAUGGAGGGCGCGAUUACCAUGGCCGAGGGUCUGACCCACAGUGUGCACACCGAGGCCUUGGGCCAGGAUCAGGGCAAGAACGAGUAA